AUCCCUCCUCAAGUGCCGACAGCGCAGAGCCGAGCUAUCCGAGACCUCAAACCAAUUCGAUCCAACCCACCUCGUUUGCGUCCCUUCAGCCCAUCAUGGGCGAUAAUUCCGCCUCAACCCAUGGCCAAACUCGCGAUGAGGAGCGCCAGGAUGUCACUACUGACUCUGAUACAUCGGUGACCGUGGUCAGCAACGACCAUCCCGAUGCCCCGAUUCGAAGCUCCCCGCUGGUCGAGGACCUCGAGCAGGAAAGCAGGCCGCCAACUCCCCGCUUCAUCCAGGAUGAAGGGGCGUGGAAGCGCUUCAAAUGGGUGCCAUACCCCGUUCGCCGUGUCAUCAAGGCCACCGCAAAGUGGGCUCGCGGUCCGCCCAAUCCCCAUCGCUACCACAUCGAACCGCUCCUCCCCCAAGUGCAGCACGCUCCUAUCGUAGUCCUCGACAAGUACCUACCCCGGAAGCUUCACAGGGGACUUGCCGUGUUUGUUUUCUUCGGGAUAUGGCUCCUUACCUUCGCCCUGGUCAUGCGCGAAGGCCUGAUGGCGGCCGAGAUCCCGGAGUGGGGAACGCCCACCCAGAUCGGUUGUGGAUCUACGUACUGGACGUCCGGGAACGGCUGCGGCGUGGACGGCAUGGACUGUCGGCCGUUCAACGACGGCGGAUACCCGUUCCGGUGUCCGGCGAACUGCGCGAGCUAUCAGGUAUUGAACCCGCGCGCUGUCGGGGACCAGGAGAUCAUCUACCAACCGCUCGUCAUCGGCGGCCCGCCGGCACCUAGCAAUACGACGGCAGUGUACCGCGGCGACUCGUAUAUAUGCGGCUCCGCGAUACACGCAGGGGUCAUCUCCAACACUGACGGUGGAUGCGGUGUGGUUAAGCUAAUAGGACGGAACACCGGGUUCAACAGCUCGACGAGGAACGGCAUCACGAGCAUCGGGUUUGACUCGUACUUUCCAUUGUCGUUCACCUUCGAGCAGGACAUCAAGUGUGAUGCCCGCGAUGUGGUCUGGUCACUUCUCACCAUCUCGGUCGUCUUUACGGCCGUCUUUUCGCUGUUCGUUACCUCGCCGGCGCUGUUAUUUUUCCCCAUUUUCACCGUCUUGUACUGGACCGUCGGCAUGGCUACGGACACCCCCAACCACCGCGACGUACCCUCGCUUUUCUCGAUCGAAAUUGGAAGAUUCCUGCCGGCCAUGUUCGUUGCAUGGGUCAUGUAUGACAAGAUGGGCGUCAGACGGACGCUCAAGGGCCUCACGGCGCAGGUGGAGAAAACGGUCGUCUGGCUCGGCGCCGCGUGGGUGGGCGCCCUGACCAACUACACCCUGGACUUCAUCCCCAUCCAGCGACUCACAGCCCGCGACCUCCAGCGACAGCCCGGCGCACAGGCCGCGCUCGCCAUCAUCAUCAUCGUCCUCGUGACCGUGGCGGCCGCACAGGUCUGGUUCUUCCGGCAAGAAGGCCGCCUGCUCCGCAACCUCCGGCUCUACGCGCUCUUCAUCCUGGCCAUCAUCAUCUGCCUCGUCAUCCCCGACUUCAACCUGCGCAUCCACCACUACAUCCUCGCCCUGCUCCUGCUCCCGGGCACCGCUAUCCAGAUCCGCCCCUCCCUCCUCUACCAGGGCCUGCUCAUCGGCCUCUUCAUCAACGGCAUCGCCCGCUGGGGCUUCGACCCCGUCCUGCAGACCGACUACGCCCUCCGCGCCGACGCCCCGAUGGAAUCGCCGCUGCCGUCCAUCCACAAUCCCGUGAUUGACGGGAACAGCAGCAUCACUUUCUCUUGGGACCCGCCCCCGGGAUCGUAUGAUGGCCUCAGCGUGCUGGUGAAUGACGUGGAACGGUUCAGGAAGUAUUUUUACGAGGGUGUUAACGAGGUGUCGAAUGUCACGUGGGUGAGGGAUGAAGAUUUGGUGGUGAAUGAGUACUUUCGGUUUGCGUGGAUGCAGGGCAGUCAGAGGGGCGAUUAUACGCGGGCGGGGAAAUGGAAUGAGAGGGGGGAGUGGUCCGAGAUGGCGCCUGGGCCGUCACGUCUGAGGGCGAGGAAUGAGGGUGGCGAUUUGAGGGGAUGAAGGGAAGCGGGUUUUUUGUGUUUGCAGCAGGGCGUUGGGUCGAUUCAGUUAGGUCAAUUUACCUAGUCACCUUAGGUGGCUAUCUAGAUUUCUAUGGUGUUGCCCCGGCGUGGCGGGUAGA